AUUUACCCAUCGUGAUCUGCUGGAUUUCUCCCCAUCGCAAACUUCUUCUGUUUAUUUAAAUUCUCCCUCUCCUUCUUUCUUCAGCUUCCUCAACAAGAUCUCUUUCUUUCUCUCGCUUCUAUCUCUUUCUCCACGACUCACAUACAUUGUUGUCUUUCUCCUUGUACCCCAUCGCCUUCAACUUUAUAAACAAAAAGUAAACAAUAUUAUGGCAAUGUCUGGUUCAUCAAGGUCUUUCGCUGGAGUUUUGCUCGCUUUCACUCUCAUUUUCGUUAUUUUCUCGCCCUCUGUUCAGGCCCAGGCUCCUGCUCCUGCUCCUGCCAGCGAUGGAACUUCUAUCGAUCAAGGAAUUGCAUACGUGUUGAUGCUGGUGGCUUUGGUUCUCACAUACCUCAUUCAUCCACUGGAUGCUUCCUCCUCUUACGGUUUCUUUUGAAUUUGCUUGCACUGUAGGACUUUAGAAAGAUGGAUUUGAUUAUUUUUAAUAGUACUGUAAUUAAUAUGAGUGUCGAACGGGAAUCUGUUGUCUGCUGUGGAUAAUUGGCAUUUAUUUUCAAGGAUUGGAUUGUCAUGUUGUGGUUGAUUACUCAUUACUUGUAGUUUUUAUUUCUGUUUCCUGCUCAUUUUUCCAAUCCUUAUGAAUGGUCACUAAGUUUGGGUUCCAAUUUUCCUUUUUUUUAUUUUUUUUAUAGCUGUAGUUUGGUGUCUUUGAGUUAUGCAAAUGCAACUAGCUUCUUUUAGA